AACCACACAUGAAUAUAUUGCAGCUUAUAAAUACAAAACCUUCAGAGACAUAUAUUGAAUAUAUAAAAAAAAUAUAAGAAGCUUGGUCAUGGCAGCAAACGGGAGAAGGAAGAGCGUGAGCGGAAGCGUGGUAAAGCCUCCACCGCCAUCGAAGCUAGCGCAGGCAUCACUACAUAGGACCCUAUCAGACAUAUCAUUGGAUUUCCACAGAGAAGAGAAAGGACUGGGGACGAUAACAGAGGUGGAGAAGGCAAAGUGCGAGUGCUGCGGGAUGAGGGAGGAGUGCACCAUGGAGUACAUAGAGAAGGUGAGGGAGAAGUUCUUGGGAAAGUGGAUUUGCGGUCUCUGCUCAGAGGCGGUGAAGGAGGAGAGAGAGAAGAAGGAGGAGAAUGGGCUAGAAGGAGCCUUGAAGGAGCAUAUGAGCGCUUGCCUAAGGUUCAACAAGCUUGGAAGAAAGUAUCCUGCUCUCUUCCAAGCGGAGGCCAUGAGAGAUAUGCUCAGGAAAAGUACGAGGAGAAGUCAGUCUAUCAGCCCUAAACCCAUGUCUACUAUUCACAAUAAGCCUGCCAUUUCCCGUACUUCAAGCUGUAUGCCUGCCAUCACCAGAGACCUUAAUUAAUAAUUUCACUCUCUCUUUUAAUAUAUAUAUAUAUAUAUAUAUAUAUCACCUCGCUUAAUUUGUCUAAUAUAAGCAUUAUCAUAACGUUUAUUUUACUCGUCCCUAAUACACACUUAAUUAUAUAUAUAAGCUAAUAAAAUGAGAUAUUCUUGAUCCAACUGGUUAAGUGUGUGCCAACAACAUUCAAUGUAUAGUGUGUAUGUUACAAGUAUGGUAAUUAUUAAUUAAACACUAGAUGCCCGUUGGGAUGAUGGGGCCAUGCACGAUUUUUAUUAUAUUUUUUUGUGAACCUCUGUACCUAUCAUAAGAGUUAGUCUACACCUGACUGUGCUAUCAUAUCCAUAAGAAUGAGCGAUGGGGCCUGAUCCAUGGUUGUUCGUUCUUGUCGAGCCCAUCUGUAUUUGAUAGGUGGGUCCUUGGGACGUGCCAAGUCUACGACAUGUGUCCACUUUUUAUUUGUUGACGUAGUUUCCAUUUGUCGUGGGAUUCUGUUUCUGUUGAAACUUCAAAGGCAAGGACAUAUUUAAGUUUUCAUUGUGAUUCCUGAUA